UUGAAUGGGAGGAGUCGUAAUCUAAAAUGGCCGCCGCCACAAACAACAACUGACAGAUAUUAAAUAUUCUCUCCGAUAUUUUUCUUCGUCAGACCAUGGCUCUAAAAACAUAUUGGACGUUUGUGAUUAUUCUUAUUACAACUUGUCGAUCUUUUGCCGACGAUGAUAAUCAUGAAAUGGAGGAGUUUCUGAAAAGGGAGCAUUCAUUGUCAAAACCCUAUCAAGGUGUGGGGUCGUCCAGCUCCUCCCAUUGGGAAUUGAUGGGCGAUGCCAUGGUAACCACAGAGCAGGUGCGCCUCACAACAGACAUGCAGAGCAAGCAGGGGGCAGUGUGGAGCCGCAUUCCCUGUCACCUAAGGGACUGGGAGUUACAAGUGCACUUUAAGAUUCAUGGCCAAGGCAAGAAGAAUCUGAAUGGGGAUGGACUGGCAAUUUGGUACACCAAGGAGCGCAUGCAGAAAGGUCCUGUGUUUGGGAAUCAGGACCUUUUCACAGGGCUGGGUGUAUUUGUGGACACGUACCCCAAUGAGGAAAAACACCUUGAGGCACAGAAGACGAGGUACACCACACGCACACAGAGGAUCUUCCCCUUCGUGUUGGCCAUGGUGGGGAACGGAAGCAUUAGUUACGACCACGAACGAGACGGGCGUCCCACUGAGCUGGGCGGCUGCAACGCCAUGGUGCGCAACCUCAACCACGACACCUUCAUCUUCAUCAGAUAUGUCCGUCGCAGGCUCACGAUUAUGAUUGACAUUGAUGGGCAGCAUGAAUGGAGGGACUGCCUGGACAUACCGGGGGUACGGCUGCCCCAGGGCUACUACUUUGGAGCCUCGGCCGUCACUGGAGAUCUCUCUGACAAUCACGAUGUGAUCUCCCUGAAACUGUACCAGCUGACUGUGUUACGCAGUGAGACAGAGGAAAAGGAGGAGGAAGAUGAGAUCACUCUACCCAGUGUAGAUAACAUGGACCUACUAAAGAUGGGUGAGAAUGAAGAAGGGUGGAGUAGUAUUGCUAUGUUCUUCACCAUCCUCUUCUCCAUGCUGGGCUGUUUCCUGCUCAUCGUGGUCGGCCUCAUCGUCUACAGCCACUGGAACGAGAACAGACGCAAACGCUUCUACUGAGACGGAGAGAGGGGAAAAAGAGCGGGAGGGAGGCCUCCCAUCAUAACCACUACUGUAGUCUGACGACAACUGCACUGAGACACUGAAAUGACUGGCAAGAUGGAGACAAUGUAACUGACCUCCCAAUGUAGACCAAUAUGCUUGACGGACAGAGGUACCCUUGGGACAACACUAGUGAAUCCUGGGAAAGACUGAGCAGCGGAUGGAUGCAUUUCAACUACAGUAGCCAACCACACUGACCCCUGCCAUGAGUAGACAUACAGAACGUUUGUCUGUCCCCACCCCUACUCUCACCAACCAGGCCUUACUCUACACAAAUAUAGAGAGCAUAUUAUUAUUAUUAUUAUUAUUGUAACGACCCUGGGUUUAUAAGCGCGGAAAUCGACUCUGCUGCACGAGC